GCGGGCGGCGGCGGGGGCGCGGGGCUGCGGCUGCUGUCUGCCAACGUGCGCCAGCUGCACCAGGCGCUGACGGCGCUGCUGAGCGAGGCGGAGCGGGAGCAGUUCACGCACUGCCUGAACGCUUACCACGCGCGCCGCAACGUCUUCGACCUGGUGCGCACCCUGCGCGUGCUGCUGGACAGCCCGGUCAAGCGGCGCCUGCUGCCCAUGCUGCGCCUGGUCAUCCCGCGCUCCGAUCAGCUGCUCUUCGACCAGUACACGGCCGAGGGCCUCUACCUGCCCGCCACCACCCCCUACCGGCAGCCGGCCUGGGGCGGCCCCGACGGCGCGGGGCCCGGGGAGGUGCGCCUGGUGAGCCUGCGGCGCGCCAAGGCCCACGAGGGCUUGGGCUUCAGCAUCCGCGGGGGCUCCGAGCACGGCGUGGGCAUCUAUGUGUCGCUGGUGGAGCCAGGCUCUCUGGCCGAGAAGGAAGGGCUGCGAGUCGGGGACCAGAUUCUGCGUGUCAACGACAAAUCCCUCGCGCGGGUGACCCACGCUGAGGCUGUCAAGGCUCUGAAGGGCUCCAAGAAACUGGUGCUGUCUGUGUACUCGGCGGGGCGCAUCCCUGGGGGCUAUGUCACCAACCACAUCUACACCUGGGUGGAUCCCCAGGGCCGCAGUGCCUCCCCGCCCUCAGGCCUGUCCCAGACCCCCAGCGGCACCCUGAGGCCGUGUGAGGGUGACUCCAGGAGCACCCUGAACCUUCUGCAAGGCAGCGAUGAGAAAAAGGUGAACCUGGUGCUGGGGGAUGGCCGAUCACUGGGCCUCACAAUCCGAGGGGGAGCUGAGUAUGGCCUGGGCAUUUAUGUCACCGGCGUGGACCCGGGCUCCGAAGCAGAAGGCAGCGGACUCAAGGUCGGGGACCAGAUUCUGGAGGUCAACGGGCGGAGCUUUCUCAACAUCCUGCAUGAUGAGGCGGUCAGGCUGCUCAAGUCAUCCCAGCACCUCAUCCUGACCGUGAAGGACGUCGGGAGGCUGCCCCAUGCCCGCACCACUGUGGACGAGACCAAGUGGAUUGCCAGUUCCCGGAUUGGGGACACCGCCACGCAAUCAGCAGGGUUUCCUGGGGACCUUACAACGGAAGGGACAAACAAGCCGGGAUUCUACAAGGGGCCAGCCGGCUCCCAGGUGACGCUGAGCAGCCUGGGGAACCAGACACGCCUGCUGCUGGAGGAGCAGGCGCGGCACCUGCUGAACGAGCAGGAGCGAGCCACCAUGGCCUACUACCUGGAGGAGUACCGCAGGGGCAGCGUCUCCGUGGAAGCCCUGGUCAUGGCCCUGUUCGAGCUGCUCAACACGCACGCCAAGUUCUCACUCCUGUCUGAGGUGAGAGGUACCAUCUCCCCCCAAGACCUGGACCGCUUCGACCACCUGGUGCUGAGGCAGGAGAUCGAGUCCAUGAAAGCACGGCAGCCCCCGGGCCCUGGGGCUGGGGACACCUACUCCAUGGUCUCCUGCAGCGACACAGGCUCAUCCACAGGCAGCCACGGCACCUCCACCACGGUCAGCUCUGCCAGGGAGCGGCUGCUGUGGCUAAUAGACCUGAUGGAGAACACUCUGGACCUGGAGGAAACCGGUGAGGCUGUCCAGGGCAAUAUGAACGCCCUCCCAGAUGUUUCCCUGGAUGACGUCAAAGCCACCACGGAGGGGCUGCCUGGCUACAAGCCGCCACCCCCCCCACCCCCUCUGGCCCAAGGCCACAGCCGCCCGCCUGCCCAGCAGAGGAAGCCAGGGAAGGAGGACCUCCAGGCACCUUCCUCCGCGUCUUCCCACUCGGGCAUCGUCUUCUCGGCCCCUCGGAACCACAGCCCGCCGGCGGGCACUGCGCCCGCCCUGGGGGCCCCCUCAGCACAAGACCCGCCCUCCUCCCCCAUCUAUGCCUCUGUUUCCCCUGCCAACGCCCGCUCCAAGAGGCCACUGGACGCCCACCUGGCCCUGGUCAGCCAGCGCCCCAUUGGCCCCUUCCCCCGAGUCCAGUCGCCACAGCACCUCAAAAGCCCCCCGGCAGAGGCCAUGCUGGCAGGGGGCUGCCUCCCGCCACCCUCCCCCUCCAGCCGGCCGGACAUGACGGGCACAAACCAGCACUUCGUCAUGGUGGAGGUGCACCGGCCGGACAGCGAGCCGGACGUGAACGAAGUGAGGGCGCUGCCCCAGACGCGCACAGCCUCCACGCUCUCCCAGCUCUCGGACAGUGGGCAGACCCUGAGCGAGGACAGUGGCGUGGAUGCCGGCGAGGCAGAGGCCAGCGCCCCAGGCCGAGGCAGACAGAUGGCAUCCACCAAGAGCAGGAGUAGCAAGGAGCCGCCUCGGAAUGAGAGGACCACAGAAGGGGCCGCCAAACCGCCCGGACUCCUGGAGCCCACGUCCACCCUGGUCCGCGUGAAGAAAAGUGCAGCCACCCUGGGCAUCGCCAUCGAGGGUGGUGCCAACACCCGCCAGCCCCUGCCUAGGAUCGUCACAAUUCAGCGAGGCGGUUCGGCCCACAACUGUGGGCAGCUCAAGGUGGGCCACGUGAUCCUGGAGGUGAACGGGCUGACGCUUCGGGGCAAGGAACAUCGGGAGGCCGCACGCAUCAUUGCCGAGGCCUUCAAGACCAAGGAGCGGGACUACAUCGACUUUCUGGUCACCGAGUUCAAUGUGAUGCUCUAGAAGCCCGACGGCCUCCCGCUGCUGCCCAGUCCCUGGCCCCAGUCCCUCCUCCCUCCUGGCACUAGCAAGCCCCAUGAGGGCCGGGGCUGCGUGGCCAGGGAGCAGGAAGACGCCCCCCGCUCUUUCCCGGCCCAUUGGCCCAGAAUCAGGAGAAGGAAGCCCGGCGAGGCAGACAGGAGGGCAGGGCAGGAUCUGGGCCAUGCCCAGUGUACACAGUAGGCCGCCCACUACAAGCGUGGGUUCAGGAAGGAGAGAAGGUCCACCUGAGGCCUGCGGGGACCUGUUCCUCUGGGUUGGAUAAGGGGCACCGUGUCCCCCUUCCCUGCCAGCAAGGGCCUGGCCCAUCCUCAGAUGUCUGAGCCUUUAUCUGGGGUGAGGCCACAUGUGAAUUCAUGGACACAGCACCCCCCCUAGGGGGGGCAUCUCACAGGACCUUUAGUGCCACAAAUAAGCAUCAAGCAACCCCCUCCCAUUCCACACCCCCCUCUUCCUGGCUCCUUACCCCCUGCCAUAGUAUUUAUUAUUUAUUUCCCCUCUCCUCACCCCUGGGGACCCCCAGCCCUCAGUGUCCCACCGCACCCCCAGCCUAUCCCAGAGGCCUUGCAGGUGACCAGCGAUGUCAGUGUAUUUAUAUACAGAGCUUAUGACUUUAAUUUUUCAAUAAAGAAAUCGGAACAAGGUCA